CUUUAACUGCGCUGUAGCCACGCCUCCUGGAGUGGGCGGAGUUUAAAGUUUGCUCCAGUUGUAAAAGUCCAGCGCUGGAGCUCCAGUCGGCAACGGGAACGAGCGCGGUGCCACUGCUCAAACGGGACGGGGUGAUGAUCUGCAGAAAGAGAGGGAAAGUUCAGUUAAACUGAUCCGUCUUUUGGUUUAGACAACAGUAUGGGAAUAGUAGGUUUGCGUGUUCUUUAAAAAAUAGGUUUGGAGAAGCAGUGAACGGCACUUUACGCACGCGUCUCUCUGGAUAACAGCACGCGCAGUGAUGGAGAUUUGGGGAUUUAGGAGUUUUGCGCUUUGGAUUUCAUUCCUGACGGGUUUGUCGACGGCCAGUUACUCAGAAGAUCAGUGCAGCUGGAGAGGAAGUGGUCUUUCUCAGGCGGUGAAGAAUGUGGAGCAGGUUUGGUUGAGGUGUGCGGAGGGCUCGGUGGAGUGGUUGUAUCCCGCUGGAGCUCUGCGUCUCACCCUGUCGCCCCGUCUGCCCUGGAGUGCCAUGGGGCCGGGCGAGUCCAGCAGGAGCCCGGUGUCAGUCUGCGUCAAGCCGGAUCCACACUGGGGUGGAGCUCAGCUGCAUCUGGAGCGCGAUGGAGUCCUGGAGCUUCUGGUGGGAGAUGAGACCUCCACGACACCCGGCCCAGCCCAUGUACGCUGCUUUAGUGCCCUGCCCGGAGAACGACCCGCACUGUUCCUGCAGGCCACACCACACCGGGAUAUCAGCCGACGCAUCGCUGCCUUCCGCUACGAGCUGAGAGGUGAUUGGACGGCGCAGCCAUCAAUCAACACUGAUCCAGUCAGCAGCGAAGGAGCCUGCAGACCCUGCAAUAACACUGAGAUCCUGAUGGCCGUCUGCACCAGUGACUUCGUGGUCCGAGGAAACAUCCGUUCAGUGGGAACAGACUCUAAUCUAAAAGCAGCCGUGAUCAAAGUGAGCGCGACGCGGGUUUACCGGCAGAAGUUUGCGUUGUUCCCUGAAUCUGGCCGCCUGACACGCUCUGGCGAGAUCCGUACCCCUUUACAGUGCGGCGUUCGUCCCGGCGCAGGAAGUUUCCUCUUCACAGGACGUGUGCAUUUCGGGGAAGCCUGGCUCGGCUGCGCUCCAAGAUAUAAAGACUUUCUGAAAGCGUAUGAACAGGCCAAACAAUCCCUGAUGAUCCCCUGUACUCUGGUCAAUGACUGACGGAGGAAGAAAUAUAAGCAGAGCCAAACCUGACGGACCCCUGAUGAGGACUCAGCCGGUCUGGGAAACUCCUGAACGAGACAGAGAAAGAGGAGACGUUUAGAUGCCAUGAGAAAUCACUGGGUUUCACAGGACGAACAUUUGCGGAUCAAUGCGUGAUCGACCAGGUUUUCUCGCUGAACGUGGGAUCCUAAAACUGAGCCUCUUUUUAAACUCAGGAAAAUCUUUGGACUGAUUAUCGUAUGGCAUCCAAAGUCCUCGUGAUGUUGAGUUCGUGAAUACAUAAGCUGUACGCGAUGCAUGUAGCGCUGAAAACAAAUAGCAGUAUUUGACGCCACCGAAAAACCUAUUGAUUUGUCCGUUUUUUUUAUUGAGAGUAUAUAUAUUUUUUCCAUAUUUUUUAUAUAUACAGAUAUAUAAAAAGAAAUAAAUCACGUCUAUAUUCUAAAUUUGCACUGGUAAAAGGAAAGACGGCGAUGCCUGGAUGCUGCAAGCACUGAGAACCAAAACGGAUCUAUAUGUAGCGUAGCAAGAAAAGAUGUUUUAUAUAAAACUAUAUGUCUAUAAAAUCGGCUAUGGUGUAUAUGCUAACCUGCUCAGCUAACAUGAAAUAACGAAAAGCGAAAUCAUAGCUGUAGUAUAUUAAUUGAGUCUACAGAUAGAUGAAUACCUCAUGGUUAACGUCACUGCUAGUUUGCUUUGAUGUUGCUAAUGUUAUCGAUGCUUGUGCUAGCCUGAUUUGCUCACAAAGUAAACAGGGCACUUUUUAAUCUGACAAACGAAAUUAUUUUAUCUUAAAAGUGCGUUCACACUGAUUACGAUUUCCAACCAAAUGUCAUUAAUAUUCCAAAGCGAUCUCAAAUUCGUAAAUUGUUUGAUUUCGUGGCUAAAUUUGUAUCUGAUUUGUACAUGUUAGUACGAUUUGCUCAUGGGGGCGGGGUUUUAAAAAAUUGUGUGUUUUCAUACUGGUUAAAUUGUAUGAAUUCGUACAACUUAGCCACUUUUCGAACAAUACGUAAAAACGUUAUGUUUGUUCAUGAGAUCUGGCUAAAUACUCUGUAUUAGUAUGACAAUUUUGAGGCUAAAGCUAGCAGUUGAACUUUAUUCAAUUGAGCAGUGGUGGAAAGGCCAAUCAAAGCGUGGAUAUUCUUAAAGUCCGCAUGAACCGCAAGCUGCGACCAUUUUUUUUUUUGGUAUUGUGAUGCAGUUCCAAGAGAAACGGAAUAUAAAAUGAGAAAAAAGUGGGCGUGGCUUGUUUUUUCCACUGCGAGCUGAUUGGAUGUAGUAAAGUAGGAAUUUCAUUCGGAAAGAUCUGGAAAAGGGUUUGGGGAGAGUUAUUACAAACUAACAGACUCCUCCUCCGUUUCUGUUUGUUGUCAUAGCGACAACUGGAGGGGCGUGGUUAAGUAUGUUAAUACCUCAUACAGAUGUAAUCUAAUAGAGAUUUCAAUUGUGGAUUACAAGGGAAAACAAUAUUCUUUUUUCUUAAUGAAACGCACAGAUGAAUUGUUCACCACAAAACUAGCAAUGUGAGCUAACAAAAUCAAUACGGCUAGUUUUGACUUUAAACUGGACUUGAGUGUUGUCAGUGUGAACGCACAGGGAAUUUUACAGGGUAUCCUCACAGAUCUGGAUUUUAUUUGUAGUAAAGAUGUACUUAUUAAAGAUAAUUUAACUCCAGAUAACACUCAUAAGCUGCCUCUCAGACUGUGCAUUUGUGUACCAAAACGUUGCCCGCAAACACUGUCCUCCAUAUUCUGUUCAUCUGCUAUUGCUUUUUUGUGUGUGCUUCGUUCACUGUCAGCGACGUUUGUGCACUAAACGAAUGAAACCAAACACGGAGAGCCAACCGUCCUGCCAUAUUUGAUGCUGCCUGUGUUUGUUAUCACUGUCAAAGUGUGUCUUUAAAAACCAAUGUGACUGCUGUGUGUAAAAUCAAUGUAUAUGUGUGUGUGUUUAUGUGGAUGUUGCUGUACAUAAGAUGUUUUAGAGUUUUAAAACUGGAUGAAAUGAAAUAUUCUGUUAACAUUGUAGAGUCUGUAUGAAAGUUAUACAAUUAUAAAGAAGAAAAAUGAUUGAA